AUGCAACCACCACAUCAGCAUUCGCGGAUCAAUCUAACCGAAUUGAAAGCUCAAAUAUUGAGUAAACUUGGGCUGGAGGGAUCCAAGCAGUAUUUUUAUUACUUAAAUAGGUUCUUGGGUUUGAAGUUGAGCAAGGUUGAGUUUGAUAAGCUUUGUCUUAGGAUUCUUGGGCGGGAGAAUAUUCCGCUGCAUAAUCAGUUCCUUCGUUCGAUUCUGAAGAAUGCUUGUAGUGCAAAGGUCCCACCACAGGUGAGUCAUGAGGAUGAAGUUCUGAAGCAUGCUACUCAAGUUAGUAACAAGGAAAUUCCUGGCGAUGGUCAUCAGCAGAAUGGGUCCCAUGCUGCUAUAACGCAGGCUUCAGGUUCACUGGGUUUGUCAAAUGGGGCCGACAUGUUGUCAGUCUCACAUCGAAAGGCCCGGACAGCGUAUCGUGAUCGGAGGACUAGUGAACGUCAUAGUGCACUUGGACCAAAUGGGAAGACUAGUUUUGCUUCUCAACAGUUGCCAGCCACUCAGUCUAGUGAUUUCAAUGUCAUUUAUGAGAAUGGACAUCUGGAUCCACCUGAUAUUGGAAAGCUAGUGCAUCGUCAAGGACUCAAGCAGAAAGCAGAGAAUGAAAGGGAGUUCUUGGGUCCCCACACCAUGAAAUUGUCAGAAGUAAACAGAUCAUCAGAUGGUUCUGUUUCUGUACAUAACAAGGAUCAGACUCAAUUGUUAGUUAGAGAUAAGAGGAGAGAGGUUUCUGCUAGAAGUCCACUUCGAGCUCCACUUGGGAUUCCACUAUGCCCAGUUAGCACUGGUGGGGCACUCAGAUCUCUGCCUCUCAGUAGUAGCAGUAGAUGCACUAGCACGUUUGAUGAUGGUUCUUUAUUGGAUAGUCUAACAUUAAGGGAACGAAUGGAGCACAUCUCUUCUGCACAGGGUCUUGAAGGAGUGUCAGCGGAAUGUGCUUAUAUAUUGAACCUUGGUUUGGAUUCUUACAUGAAGCAUUUGAUAAGUUCUUGCAUUGAACUUGUGGGGGUUAGGUCAGGGGACGAGCUAACGGUGAACAAUAGGCAAAAGCAUCAGGCUUGUAUGAAGGUUGUUAAUGGUGUCAGACCAGGGCAUCAAGAUCAGAUGCAAGGUAGUGGUAGGCCUUUGGACGUGCAAGAACAUAGAACGCACUGCCCAAUUUCUUUGCAGGAUUUUAGGAUUGCCAUGGAGCUGAAUCCGCUGCAACUUGGUGAAAACUGGUCAUUGCUGCUGGAGAAAAUAUGUACACAUUCAUUUGAAGAAUAA